AACACCAGUAAACAUAAAACAUACUGUUUUUCUUUAGCGUGUUGUACUUUUCAUCCAUUUUAGUUGAAGUUACAUCUUAUUCAAUUCACUAGAAUCACCUUUUUUGAGCACCAAAAAUUCUUUCCGCCCAAAUGAACUUUACGAGACUCGUGUUACUCCUUUUCUCAUUGUUCACCACUAUAGCCGCUUUGGCAGACCAAGGCGAUGGUCAGGCAACCACCAACAAAAAAACCACAACGAGUGUCUGGACCACCAUAACCACAAAGGGAAAGACCACUGCCUUCCAAACUGCUUACUUCCAAAGUUUCAUGUCCACCUACUCAGAAGCUAAUACUGAUGAUGUCAAAUCAGGAAAUAUUGGCUUAGCAAGCUCCGCAGACACUUCUCUUGGGGGAAUCAGAACCUACGACCAAACUACCAUCACGCUGCCUAAUGAUGGACACUCGAUGGAAGCUGGCCUUUUCUCAGGAAUCGUGGGAUUAUCUGUGAUUAUUCUCGGGUUGUUGUAGACGAGCGAACCUAGAGCUUGAUAAAUGACCCUGAAACUUGAUUAAUGUCUGUGAAUGGUAGAUAAAUGUGCAAAUGAUGGCCGUAUGACAUUGAGAUUGGUUCAUCGACCAAAGCUUGACAUAUACUUGUGGAAUAGGUUGUGUUUAGCCAGAUGUUGUAUUUGGUUAACUUCAUGAUAAAUAUUCUCAUUUCUCACACUUGACUCACUUCUUACUCCAUCCUUCCAGUACACUUCUUAUAUACUCAAUAAAUACACAUUGGUUUACCGUACCUGUCAAGAUCACG